AUGACGGGCUCUCACGCCGUGCAUGUCUACCAUCCAUCCGCCUAUCAGAGCAAUGAUCUCUGCGCGGCGCGUGGCUGCAAAGAGGGGUCCGUGUGCUUUUUGGCCGUCGGAAAGGCAAUUUGCGUGAAGCGGGAUGUUGCUCGCGAAAAGCUCGGUAAGCACAAAUUCGUUGAGCAUGGCACCGAUGACGAGCUGUUGCGCAAGAAACAUCAGCACGAUCUGCUCACCGAGACGGCCAAGCACGAGAAACACGAGAAGCACUCCUGCGCCCGAGGGGAGCUCGACUCGAUCGGUGGCCGACUUGUCCAGUGGUUCAGCGAUAUGCACCGUGUCCAUGGCGAGGGAAGGGACGUGUCAUUGAAAAAGCACAAAAUCGUGUGCCGGCCGGAUGUGGCCUGGAUGUUCGAGCAAUGGGACGGCGACGAGAAUGGUCAAUUGACGCAGAAGGAACUGGCCCCGAUUGAGGGAAACAUGAAGGAGAAGUGUCUGCCUCAUUUCCUGGACCUUUGCGACGAUAUGGUGAUCGAUGGUGAGAUCUCGGUGGAUGAGUGGUGUGAUUGUUUCUCGUAUUCUGCUGACUACCGCCACGAGCCACCCUGCCACCGCCAGAAGCACCACGCUGACCCCCAUCUUCUCGGCGUCUUCAUCCCGCGCUGCGACCUGGAGGGCUUCUUCCAGCCCGAGCAGUGCCAUUCCGGUCACUGCUGGUGCGUCGACAAGUACGGUCGUGAAUUCGACCAAAGCCGCGUCGAGGGCGAGCUGCCCGACUGCGGACAGUACGGCGCCGAGUUGACUGAGGAGGAAGAAGAAGAUCUGCAUUCCCGCAUU